UCCUUUUGAAUGCGGGAAACUUCCGAAAUGAUGUGGAUUGAAGUUAUAAGCGCAAAUCUUCGUGGGAGGCUGCUGAAGCAUGCCAAGAUACCAUUCAUUAUUCAGUAUGCAAUAAUUGGUCUGAAACCGAUCGAAGCCAUGUUUGUCAAGCUUGCAGUGCUACUCAUCUGUUCCAUUCUUCUGAGCUCAGCGGCCAUUGAAGAAGAAGAAGGUGUCGGCUUCGCUUUCCAGGGAUUCCGAUCAGACAACCUCAGCCUCGACGGCAUAGCCGAGAUCAAACCCGACGGCCUCUUGGCCCUCACCAACGGUACCAUACAGAAAGCCGGCCAUGCCUUCUUCCCGGCCCCACUCGAUUUCAAAGCCUCAUCAAACACCUCCGCUUUCUCCUUCUCCACCACCUUCGUCUUCGCCAUCAGCGCCCAGUAUUCGACUCUGAGCGGCCACGGGAUCGCCUUCGUCAUCGCCCCCACAAGGGGGCUCCCGGGGGCCCUCCCCAGCCAGUACCUCGGCCUCUUCAAUGAGGCCAACAAUGGCAACUCCACCAACCACGUGUUCGCCGUGGAGCUUGACACAAUUCAAAGCACAGAGUUCCACGACAUCGAUAACAACCAUGUUGGCGUUGAUGUUAAUGGGCUGGACUCUGUUAAAGCUCACACAGCAGGGUAUUAUCAAAAUGGUCGUGAGGACUUUCAGAGGUUGAAUCUUAUCAGUGGCAAAAAAAUGCAAGUGUGGGUGGAAUAUGACGGGCAAGACAAGAGAAUUGAUGUCACAAUGGCUCCUAUUGGCAUUGCCAAGCCAAGUAAGCCUCUUUUGUCUCUGCCUUUUGAUCUUUCACCAAUCUUGAACCAAACUAUGUACAUUGGUUUCUCAUCUUCCACUGGUUCAGUGGAAGCAUCCCAUUAUUUAUUGGGUUGGAGCUUUAAGAUGAAAGGCCAGGCUCAAGGGCUUGAUUUGUCUAGGCUGCCUAAGCUUCCUCGGAUUAGACCCAAGAAGACAUCCAAGUUUUUGAUAAUUGGGUUGCCCUUGAUUUCCGUACUGACAGUAUAUUCAGCCAUAUUCGGCCUAGUUUUUUAUGUUAGAAGGAAGAGGAAAUUUGCAGAAGUUUUGGAAGAUUGGGAGCUUGAAUAUGGCCCUCAUAGGUUUAAGUAUAAGGAUUUAUACACUGCCACCAAAGGAUUUAGAGACAAGGAACUUCUUGGGAGUGGGGGUUUUGGGAAAGUGUAUAGAGGGAUUCUACCCAAAUCGAAAAUUGAGAUUGCUGUGAAGAGAAUUUCUCAUGAAUCCAGGCAAGGAAUGAGGGAAUUUGUGGCGGAAAUUGUAAGUAUGGGCAGGCUGCGCCACAGGAACUUGGUACAGCUCUUGGGAUACUGCAGGCGCAAAGGGGAGCUCCUUUUGGUAUACGAUUACAUGCCGAAUGGAAGCCUAGACAAGUUCCUCCAUAACCAGCCAGAGUUCACCCUCAACUGGCACCAGAGGUUUCGAGUCAUCAAAGGUGUGGCGUCGGGCCUGUUUUACCUGCACGAACAAUGGGAACAAGUGGUGAUCCAUAGAGAUGUCAAGGCCAGCAAUGUGUUGUUGGAUGGUGAACUCAAUGGAAGAUUGGGAGAUUUUGGCCUCGCAAGGUUGUAUGACCAUGGGAGCGAGCCCCGAACCACCCGUGUGGUUGGAACUCUCGGUUACCUUGCCCCGGAGCACAGUAGAACCGGCAAGGCCACGACACAAACCGAUGUGUUUGCUUUCGGGGCAUUCAUGCUUGAGGUGGCCUGUGGGAGAAGGCCGAUAGAGCCUCAAGCGCCAACCGAUGAUCCUAUUUUGGUUGAUUGGGUAGUCUCCUUCUGGAGCAGCGGGGAAAUUCUCCGGGCAGUUGAUCCUAAUCUGGGGGGUGAUUAUGAAGCAGAGGAAGCAGAGUUGGUGCUGAAGCUUGGGUUGCUUUGCUCUCGUUCUCAGCCUAUGGCUAGGCCAAGUAUGAGGCAAAUUGUGCAGUAUUUGGAGGGGGGUGCUCUUCUUCCAGAGUUGACUUCUCUUGGCUUUUCAUCCACUGACAUGGAGUUCCCAUUUGACGAUUUCACAUUCUCUUGUCCAUUUUCAACGGUGAGAUCAGUAACUUCACCCUCAUCCUCCGUUGCAGAAUCUCUUCUCUCUGAAGGCAGGUGAUAGAAUACAGUGCAAUCAAUUCAAUAGCCAACUACAAGUAAGUAUUUGUGAACUGCAGGAGGUCCUAGCCCUGGCUAGCUUACCUUCUGGUACAUCUCAGGCAUCAGCAUAGCAUGCACCCUGAAACUUACGUGACAAUUCUAUUGCUUUCAUUCAAACUCUUGCUUAUGUAAUACUAAGUUUGAUUUGGUUGCAGAGAGAUUUUAGAUUCAUCCCA